UGGUCAGAACUGCCGUGACACACUGCGCAUGGAGUAUUGCCUGUGACAAUUGAUAUCGCCAGCCGAAAAGAUCAGAAGAAAAUCAUUGAAUCUAAAGUGCUCAGUUCAGUGUAAUUCCCUAAACGUGGUGUGAUUAUGUCUGAGCGUAUCACAUUUUCAUAAAUUAUUCCUUGCUACCCUUUUGCCACUGAGUUUACAUCAAGGUUUUCGCUUACGUACUGCCAAAGUACAGCUAAUUGUAAUAGUUCAUCAUGUUUUCUGGAUUAACCAAUCAAGUUAGCUCCUGGAUGGGCACAGUGAAGGGUGAAACUGAAGAAAAGGUACCCACUCCUACUGAGGAGAGCAAUGCUCUUAUCAACCCAGAUGGUGGCGCCUGUAGCCCUUCCAAGACCGUUGGCAGCAGUCGUCUAGAAAUGUUCUCAAAUGUGAAGAACCAGUUUGAGGGCAUUGGAGGCUGGUUGGGUUCCAGCAUACCAAAACUACGCAAAGGUGACCCUGAUGGGAUCAGUUCAGAAGCUGCUGGACACGAAAAUCCAGCUGCUGAUACUGGAUCUCCCGAUUUGGGUGAUCCAGGCAAAGAAGCCAGAGACGAUGAUGAUAAUUCCAGGAAUUUUAGUGCUACCGGGGGAGCAGACUCGGGACCGCAGUCGCUUGCCGAAUCACUCACUGAGGAAAAUAAAGAAGGUCAAUUUGGAAAUGUACAAAGUAAGGCCUUGGCAGGAGCUAAGUCCUUAGGCAAUUUCUUGUAUUCUGCUGUGAAUAAAGCAGGUAAAACCGUUACUGAGGCUGGAUCAAAAAUUCACGUCAUUAACAAUAUCCUAGGCGACUUCAAUAAAGAGCAAGAAGCUUUCAUGAAAGGCAAAUCUAACUCCACUGCAACAUCUCUGCCUCCAUGGGUUGGUUGUGCGAAUGCAGAGAGUCUCAAGGAGGAGUGUUUAAGCUUAUCAACUGAUAGGAGGAACUUCGUUCGAGCCCCACCAGCAGGUGUGGACUUUCAGUUUGACUAUGAAGUGUCUUAUCCUGUUGCUAUGGCUAUAAUGGAGCAAGAUCCUAACUUGGAAAAAAUGCGCUAUGAACUAGUGCCUAAAAUAAUCUCUGAGGAAGAAUUCUGGAAAAACUACUUCUACCGUGUAAGCCUAAUCUGCCAAGCCAAUGAAUUAUCAUUCAUGUCUAGAGAAGGCGACAACAUCCACGGUACUACUGACACUUCCUCAGUACAACCGAUAGUAGAUAGAAAAGACAAAGAGCAUGAGUUUGUAUCUGAUACUCUUAUCGCAAAUAAAGAAGACUUAGAUGAGGUACACGAAGGCAUGAAAAAGCUGGCGCUAGGAUCCAAACAUUUGAAUGAAGAAGACUGGGAAAAAGAACUAGAAGCAGAGCUGCAAGACUAUGAAAUGGUUACUGAUAGUAAGGACAACAACUUAGACAAGGAUAUCGAAGAUAUGCUUAAUGAGGAAACAGAUUUAAAGUAAACUUGCGUUAUUCCAUGUUCGUGUUAAUUCGUAUUAUUGAUUUUCUAGUCAUUCGUUGUAAAGAUUAUUUAUGUUAGUGAUAUUGAGUUGAUCAUUGGUCACAACUGAUAUGCCAGUACAAAAUCUCUUGUUCUACCGCAAGUUAUUUCCUUCAUGGUUAACUGAGGCUCUGUUUAAACAUUCUGGUUUUUGUAAUUGGCGUAUUCCAAACUAGUUCGUUACUAAAAGACAUGUUUUAGUGUUUUGAUCGUUAGAGAAAUUCCGAUUGAUGUCUGAAUGUCUUCAUGCAUUUUCAGAAUCAAUGUUGAGCGUUGUUUUAGUGGUACAUUCCAAACGUAAAAUUCACGCCUUAAUAUAUUGUGCAUUUGAUUUUUUUUACUAAAAAAAAUAUGUAUAAUGUUUUAAGUCUUGGGCAAAAUAGUAUCGUCAAUAUAGACAAGUUUUGUAAGUAAGUCUUCACUCUUAAAAUGUGAUACUGGAUGGUUGAUAUUUUUCUGAGAAGAGUUAUGCAGAGGAAGAAUUAAUUACUUUCUAUGCUGAUACUUAUUUUGCAAAAUUAAGAUAAGCAAGAAGAGGAAUAAUAAUGGAAUAGUAUAAUAUGUGUUGUGAUUAAUAUAAAUAUGUUGAAAACGUAUAGCAUUACAGUCGGCGAUGAAAGUAGGGGUCCGUCUAGCUAUAAUUUACUGAUCGCUAAGCAAGUUUUUUACCACAAAUUAACCGCAUUACAUGCAGUAUUAGGCCUGGGCGUAAACACCAAAUAUUCUAGGAAGUACUCAUCGGCCAUGCACAACACUCAUUACACUUUUCGAUUGCUCUAUACGGACUCCUAUAUAAGUAAUCGGAAAUUCUAUGUGUGUAAUUAAAAAUGUAUUUGUAUAAGAAUAUUUUUAAUAACUCUGCUUCCCUCUUGCAACAACACCAAGAUGAAUUUCGGUGAAUCUAAUAUCGAAAACCAAUACUUCCAUUUCAUACCUAGAACGAGUCAAUGUUGAUGCGAGAGGUCAUUAAUUGACUAUGACGAGUACUUAAACUUACUUUUAAUUGUGGUCGUUAAUUUUGUUAAAUUUUAUUAAGGUAUAUGUAUAAAAUAAUAUAUAAAGAAUGAAAAAUAUCCAUUUAAUUUUCCUAGCCUUAAAUGCUGUUCAAAAGCGCUAUUUUAAUUGAUUAUACGAUCGUUUUAAAGUUCGCAUUAAUAUAGGCUAGAAAUGUAGCUUUUGAGUGUUAAAGCAUGUCUCCUUCUCUUCAUAUACCCAAUAAUUGUUAAAGCAAAUAUCUUAUUGUUAAAUAAAUGUAGUUGUGCUCA